AUGGAGAGUCUCCUUCAAAUAUGCCAACAAGGGGACGCCUUUGUAUGGAAGAAGUCGAAAGAACUCCAUGUAGGACAGGCCGAGGGUUCGGUAUGGAGUAUCAGGGAGCGUGAUCUUCUCCAGUACAAGGGGGCCACAUAUAUACCACCUGAUAAGGCCUUGCAGUCGGAAAUCAUGAAGAAUAACUAUAACGAUGCGCAGAGAGGCUAUUUCGGAAAAGCCUGCACUAUAGCAGCUAUCCGUCAGAAAUACUAUUGGUCGGUAUUAGAAGCCAACAUAGACUACUAUAUCCAAACCUGUUCUACCUGCCAACGGGUCAAGGUACACAGGCACCGGCAGUAUGGGCUACUUAAGCCGUUGCCAGUUCCAUCAGAACCGUUUGAAACAGUAACCAUGGACUUUAUAACAGAAUUGCCACCUGCGGGAUGA